AAUUACUUAUAAAGAAUUUAAACAAAGAGAGAACUUAGAAAGAAUGUAGAAUAAAACUUCUAAAUUUAGUUCCUAAGAAAAUAAUAAAAAAGUUAGUUUAAGUGAUAAAGUAUUAUAGUUUUUAUAGGGUAAAUUGAUCAGCAUAUUGCAUGGAUUUUAAAGAAAUAGGAUAUUUUCGAUUAUUUACCUCACUAUUUAUUUUAUUUAAGUUGUUAGCUUAAGCUUUAAUUCAGCUUUUUUAACUGAUUAUGCCUCUUAGAAUAAUUCAUUUAACAAGGAUAAGCUUUUUGAAAAUGACUAAAAGGGAAAAUAAAAUUUAGAAGGAUAAAUAAAUUUAAAAAGUGCUGAUAUUAGUGUGCAUUACUAUAUUUAUAAAAUUGUUAAGUACAGCCGUAUUUAUCCUUUGUUCUAUGAUAUUUUUAGCUAGUACUAGAGUUAAAUCUAAUUAGCUAUAAUCUGCAUUUUUAUAAGCAUAAAUACACUACUUAUACUUCAUAUUAUAAGAAAAAUGAUACUUUAUUUAAUCGAAUUCAGUAGAUUAGAAUAUAAUAAAUAGUCGAUUGAUUUAAACCAAAAAGAUUUAAGGAAAUAUGAAAUAGAUGAAGACUUAGUUUUGUAGAUUUUGCACUUUUUUGAUACAUUUGAUAGCUUUUACAUGGCUAUAUUUGGAUUUUAUAGAUAUGUGUUUAUGAUUCCUAAUUUGCUUAUUUCGAUAUCUUACUUGGUGCAAACAGAUACAAAUCUAGCAGGAUAGAUUUUAGCCGCAUUAAAUCUAGGGUUAGCUGCAUUGGUGACUUUAGUUGUUUCAUUCUACGAUUUUGAUAUUAGCUUUUAUAAAAAUAAUUAAAGCUAAAUUGAAAAAGAAGAUUUCCUCUCUAGAAAAAUAUCAUUUUCUUCGAUUCUAAGCAUUUUUGGAGACAUAACAAAAUGCGGAGUAGUAUCAAUAAGUUUGAGUGUAAAUUAAUACUUGAUAGUUUGUAUCAUUUCUGUCAUUUUUACUUGCUUUGAAUAUGCAGAAUUUAUUAUAAGCUUUAUUUAUUUAAGAAAUAGUAUAGCAAAAAUAAACUUCACUUAUCUAAAUCUACUAACUAUAAUCAAUCUUAUUAUUAUCUUGUUUGGAUUUACAGAUAUAAAAAAUGAUACAAGCUUCAUAUUGAUUAUAGCCUUAUUUUUACCAAUAGUCAUAGUAUUUUCUUGUUUUAUUUUUCAAUUUUUAGAACAAAGAAUAUUAAAUUGGUCGGUAGAAACAGCCACUAGAGAUGUUACAAAUUUAGAUAUUUAUUCACGCACUGUUUAGUUUUACUCACAGAAUAUAGAUAUGAAAAAGUAUCUUUACUCUUAUUCAGGCUUAACAUUUGAAAGCAUAGCUACAAGACAUUUAGAUUCUUGUAAUGAUUCAAGCUGUUUUUGUAGAUCUACACUAGAUUCUCCUUAACAAGAAAAAAAAGUAUAGAGAAAAAAAUUCUUAGAUUAGUAUCUUUUAUCUCUAUUUAAUAGUUUUUUAACAAAGAGUAAAGUUAGCCAAUAUAAAUUAGUUAGAUUUUAGCUAUUAGCGCUUCUUAUAGACUCAAUAAAAUGCCCUCUCAAAUCAAAUAUAGAGGCCAUCCAACUUUCCCAUAUACACUUUUAGAAUUUAAGCUUCAGAGAGAAAGUAAUAUUAAAUGUUCUUUGCCAAAGAGCAAAUGAGUUGUUUGAAAAGAAUGUAAUCUCUAUUGAAAAAUAGAAAUAGCAAUAAAUAGGUGGUAAUUUUUAUCAAACUGAAACUGAUCUCUACGAUAUAAUUCGAUUUGAUUAGCUAUUAAGUUAGUAUCAAAAAUAAACUAGAACAAUAUAUUAACAAAGAAGAGACUUUUUCCUUCAAAUAUCAUGUGACGAAGUCAAUCUAAUAUAAGUCAAACAAAAAGGGGAAAAUCUAUUAAUGUAGCUAGAUUAGAUUGACUAGAUAAUUGAAGAGUUAAAUAAUAUUAACCCACUGUCAAGAAGAUGCUAGGAAUUAACUUUGAUUUAUACUUCCAUAUUUGAUAUGAGGAAAAAAAGAAUAAGAAAACAAGUCAUCUAGCAAAGAAAAAGUGUUUUUCACAAAAUAGUCAAUGGAGAUUAAAAAACUUUAAGCUUUUUUUCCUCGAAAUCUUGCUGUCUUUUUGUCUCAAUGCUAAAGCCUGUAGGAAUAAUAAAAAAAUGUACAAGAACAAUUUACAAUGUAUUUGAAUUCGGAUAACAGGAAGUAAUAAAUAGGUCAAUUAAUUCACUAAUGCCUGAUUCAAUUUCAUCUGUGCAUGACAAAAUCCUUAAUAACUUUAUUACAGAAGGAUAAACAAAAAAUAUUAUGACUUCUGAUUAUUUCUUUUUAGCAAAAUCUGCUAAAAAUUUCCUCCUCCCAAUUAAGGCUACUAUGAGAUUAGCAAACUUAAAAGAAGAAUUUGGUAUUUCCUGCUUUUUAGAGAAGAUAGAAACAAGUAAUUAGUUCAUUUUAAUAGAUGAUAAACUUACAUUAACUGGGAGAAGAAAUAAAAUUAUAAAUAUGUCUCGAGACAUCUAUACCUAAUGUUUUUCAACUAUUUUUAGUACAGAAAAAGGUGAUAAUAAAAUAGGUUAGAUAGACUUGUAUAAAAUAAUCCCUUUCAUGCAAGCACUUGACCAUUAAAACUGCAAUGAAUUAGAUUAUUUCUAAUCAAUUAUGAUUUACCCUUUGAAUGAACACCAUUUUAAUAAUAUGAAAAAGAGAAUCAAAAUAACUUCUAAAAAUGCUUAAGAGCUAGCUUGGUAUUUAAUAUUUGCUCUUGCUUCAAAUUGUGGUUUCCUAGAUAUUUCUUUUAGUGUGAAGAGACUUAAAUCUAAAUAUGGACAUUCAUUUAAGUAUAUUGAGAUUUAAAAUAUAAGAAAAGUCAAGAGACGUUUAGAAAAAUUAGAAAGCUUGAACACUCUUCGAAGCGAUUUAAAUUAAAUUAUGAAAUUAAAUGUCUCAAUAGACAAUAAGACACUCUCAAAAUCUCUAGGGCUUCUAGGACAAUCUUUGAAGCUCUCCUUUACAAAUAAUGAUUUUUCAUUACUUUUUAAAGACCUCUCUUUUUCGAAAGCAAAUUUAAGCAAGCAAGAGAAUGAAGAGGAAUAGAAAUGGUAACUUAAAAAGAAAAUGACUCUUUAGUCAUUAUCAAACAGAGAUACUACAAAUGCAAAAAGUAGUGCUGGAAUUGAUUUCGAAGAUGAAAUCGAAGAUACUGAAAAAGUAGGCGAAUAAUCAAGCAAAAAAAACUCUCAUAAAUAAUAAUUUAUAAAACUAAAAAAUUUAUAAUAGGAAAAUGAAAAUAACAAUAAAAGUUAAUUCUAAUUUAACAAUGAAGAUAAAACAUUUAUGAAUACUUUUGAUGACACUUAUCAUGAAAUAAUAGAUGUCAGUCAUAUUUAGCUGAAAAAGAAAUCAAUUUAGGAUCUGACUUCUACUUCAUUUUAGUAAAUAAUAUCGAAGUAGAAGCUUAUCUCACAGAAUUAACUUGAUAAUAGCUUUUUACCAAGCAGGAAUGAUUUAAAUUAAAGCUAUUUGGGAAGUUACAUUGAAGCUGAAAAUAAUUCAAUUCAUAUAAAUACUCCUAUAUAAAUUUAAUCUUCAGCUUAAAAAAGCAAGAAUAAUUUUGUAGAUGCUAGUUUUAGCAAUCAACCUUAACACAAUAGACAAAUUGAGUUACAAAACGAAGAUAGCUUUUAAAGAAAUUUAAAAAAUUUUGAUUCUUUUCAUAUUAAUCAUUCAAGUUAAAAUGAUAGUUUUGGGGAUUAAGGCAAAAAAUUUAAUAAUUAAGUCAAAAAAAAUAUUGAAGAAGUUAUAGAUACUGCGAAAGAUAGAUACGAGCAAGCUACUUCUAGAAGCUAGGUAGGGCUUGGAAGUGUUACUGGCAGAGAAUUAAGAGGUUAUUAGGAAACAGAUAAUGAUAGAUUGUAUUACUAAUAAGAGUCUUAAACAAAAAGAGGUAGUUUUAAUGCUUUGCAUAAAGCAGAUUAUUUAGAAUCAAACACUUAAAGAGAAAAUAACAAUAAAACAUUAUUUUAAGAGCAAACAGAUAGAAUGAAAAAUUAAAAUGAAUUAAAUGAAGAAGACAAUUAUGAUUAGAAAAGAAAAGAUGAGGAAUGGGUUAAUGAGAUCGAUUCAAGCUAAAUUAAUUUUAAUAAAAUUCUCAAAGAAAGAAAAAGCGCUUAAUUUUUAGUGUUUGCUUCUAAAAAAUCUUCAGGAAAUUAAUCUUAAGAAAUGAAUUAACAAAAUCAAGAUUUUCCCAUAGAUAGGUCAAGAAAUGAUAGUUUUUAAAUGUUGCAAUCUUUGCCUUAGAAGUAAAACACUUAGAAUAAUAGAUAAAGUGUGUAAAUUAAUAAAGUUACCUCAUAAGAAGCUAUUAGUUAAAUAGAAGGUACUUCUAGAAAUAAUUUUAAUUUUGAUUUUGAAGGAAGCACAUCUCAUAAUUUAGAUUAGGAUUCAUCCAGAUUAGAAAAACAUAUUAAGCAAUAAGUAUUUUAUUCUGGAACUUCUUCGAGUUUAACAACUUUGAAAAAAUCACUUAAGAAUAGCAACAGUUAAAAAUAAAAGAAGAAGAAAAAGAAAACUGUUCAAUAAAAAAAAGAAAAAUAACCAGAUAAAUUAGAUGGAAAUGAAUAAAAAAAUUAAAAAGAUAUUAACGCUAACUAAGUCAAUGCAUUUGAAAUAAAAUAAGAAAAUGAUUAAAAUACUAAUUUUUAAGAUAAUAGUGUCCUAGAUAAUAAUCUAGUUGCAAAUCACAAAGAAAAUCAAGAGCAGCUUGGUGAUUAAAAUAAACAAGAAUCUGAUGAAUACGAUGAAAGUUUCGAAGAUGAUGAAGAGAUAGAAUAAGAUGAUUUUUAAGAAGAGGAAGAAAAAUAAAUUGAUGAUGAAUAACACAGAGAAUAAAAUUCACAUUCUGAGGAUAUUAACAAAAAGAAUGAAAAUUCAAUUGAUAAAAAGAAAUUAUCGUUUGAGUCUGACAAUAUAUCAGAAAAUAGAAAUAAAGACAUUGAGUUAGUAGAAAGAAUAGAUACUGGCAUGGAUAGAUCUUCUUCAACUCGUACAAGGAGUGAUAUGAGUGCAAAAAAAUAAAUAGUCUCAACUAUUAUGAUGCAAAACUUUGAAUCAGUUCUAGUAAAUACAAUAAAAAUAAUUGGCUAUUUUUCUCUUCUUUUUAUAAUGUUUAUUAUUGUCUUUGUUUACUUCACAAUUACUUCUAAUCUCAAUAUAAUGUAACAAAACCAAAACGUUAUAUAUCUGGGACCUGGUAUGGAAGAAGAUGCUAGUACUAUGAUCAUUUAAACCGAAUUUCUAAUUCAAUAUAAGUCGAACCUCUUUUUGAGCAAAGUACCUGAUUCAAAGUUAUCUGAUUUAUAGAAAGGAAACGGUGACGAACUAAGCUCAAUCUUAGGUAAGAUUGACUACAUUUCAAUAACAAGUCUUUCUUUUGCAGAUGUAGUACUAGAUUAAAAUGAUUUAAAAAUACUUUCAACAUAUCAAAGUGAUGGAAGCAUAAUGUAUUCUGUAGAAUCUACUCAUUUUUAUGCAAUCUUAUAAGCAUAUCUAGGGUUUAUAUAAUAUUCUAACUCAGUAAGUAAAAUAUCUCGACUCUAUGUAAUUAAAAACUUUUUAGAAAUUAUUGAUAUUUUUAAUGAUUUGAGGACAAGUGCUUUGAAUUUAGCUAUAGAUAGCGCGGAUUCUACAGAGACAGUUCUCGUUUACACUUUUAUUAUGAUCAUGGUAGUUGCUUUCAUCACUAUAGGAAUGAUAUUUCCAAUUUACAGAAAAGUUUAACUAUCAAAGGAAGAUACUUUAAAGUUAUUAGCAACCUUCCCAAAAGAUAAGUUAGAAUCUAUGAUAAUUCAAACAGAAAAAGUUAUAAAUUCUAAUAUAUUUAUCAAAAAUUCUACUGAAAAAGAAGUCCAUUUAAAGUCCAACAUAAGAUGGAAAAAGAGAACUAUAGCAAAUACAACUAAGCUUCCUAAGUUUAAUUUUUUUGUUUCUUUGGGGUGCCUUGUUGCUUUUAUUUUAAUAUCGUUAUAUCCAAUCAUAAAUUAUAUUAUAAAUCAUACGUAUAUUCAUUAACUUUAAACAUUCAUCACAGAGCUUGGAUUCAUUCACAAUGCGAGAGGUCAUUCUGUUUUCGCUAAAUCUUUGUUGUAUAUGAGAAUAUCAGCUGCAAAUGAAAACAUUAUAGAAAUAGCAAACAGUUUGGAUGAGUUUUAUCCUACAUUAAAUAAUCUCAAUUCGCAGGUUAUUUAAAAUUUACAAUAAAUCCUAAAUAACUUCUAAGAGGCAGAUAGGUUUAAUUAUGAUCUUUAAAAAACAUACGUUUAUGAUUCUUUAAUUAAGGAUAUGUGUUAACAAUUUUAGUUAUUUAAAGUAUUUGAAUUUCAAUAUGAAAGACAAAACCCAAGUUUUUUAAAUUUGAAUGAUUGUAGAAGCUAAUUUUAGAACAUUUUAGCUCAUGGAAUGAUUUUGGAGCUUCAAAAGCUGUUUUAGAUAUACAAAGAUCUAUUCUAUAUAGCUUAGAAUUCUAACUUUACUUAAAAAUUUUAAGAGUGGGAUGCUUAAUAUAAUUUUAACUAGCUAGAUGAUUUGCAAGAGUUUUAAUCUGGGGCUUUUGAAAAUAUCUUUCUGUUUCAAUAAAGUUAAAUGAAAAAUUUAUUUAACUAUCUUAAUAAUAUACAAACUGCUUUACUUAUCUAUGCAAUUAUAAUUAUUUUGCUCUUGUUCUUAAUAGGUUGGAUUAAAUUUGUUACAUAUGUUUAAGCUGAAAUCAAUCAAACUAAAUUUAUUUUCUCCUUAUUCACAAUUGAUUCGCUUCUCGAAAAUAAUUACAUUGCAACUUUCAUUAAAAAAUCAAGUAAAGCCAAAUGAAAAAUUAUUUGAAGUAGAAAAAAUUAUUCAACAAAUAAAGUUGAUAUAAAGUUUACAGGCAGACUAAAUAAUUUAUAUUAAAUAUAAUUUUAUUUUAUUAAGUUAAUUUCGUAUUUUGUAUUAUCUUUAAUUUUCUUUAUUUAUUUAAAUGCUUUUAAACAUAAUUUCAUCGAAAAGAUCAACUAAAGCAUCA